AUGGAGAAUAACCAGGAAACUCAUCCCAAAAGGGAUGGUGAAUUGGUUUCUGAUAAAAUAAAUUUUAAAAUAGAAGAGGAAGAUGGUGUUCGCAUCCCUAAUCACAGUUUGGAAGGAGUGGCGUUUAAGAGUGAGCAGGACAGGCCCAGAGCGGAGGGAGGUGGAGAGCAGACAGAGGCGAGGGAGGCGGGCGGGGGCUGCGAGCCCCCCGGGCAGUGCCUCCCCACUGACCAGGAGGAGGACUACGGGGCUCUGUUCUCCCAAUACAGCAGCACACUAGACGUGGCCAUGGAGGCCAUGACGCAGCGCCUCCCCGGCCGGGGCGCCGGCUCCAGGAAGAAGUCGCUGGCCUGGAAGCAUUUCUUCAUCUCCCCGCAGGACAGCACGAAAGCCAUCUGCACGUACUGCAUGAAGGAGUUCAGCCGAGGGAAGACCGAGAAGGAUCUGAGCACCAGCUGCCUCAUGAGGCACGUGAGGAGGGCGCACCCCACUGUGCUGGGCCAGGAGAAAGGCGGCGGCCGGCCGGCCCUGCCCUCCCUGUUGCCCCCUACCCUGCGGCUGCCGCCACCGCCCACUGGCGGAGACCUGGGCGCCGCGCGCUCAACCCUCAAGCAGGCCCCAAAGCUGGCGUCCAAGGUGCUGUCCCCCUACGACGUGAUGGAGGAGCCUGUGGUCCCCUCCGAAGAUGUCCCCCCAGACACGUCUGCCCCUGACAGGUAGGGGCGGGAGGAGGCCCUGGGGGGGGGGGCGCUACCUGCCCCCACUGCCAGGUGAGGAGAGCGCGGAGAAGGGGCUGGAGAGAAAACGCCGCUCCCCAAAGGCACAUCCAGGUCCCGCAGGCGGUCGGCUGUGUGGAAGCACUUCUACCUGUCACCGCUAGACAACUCCAAGGCCCUGUGUGUCCACUGCAUGAACGAGUUCAGCCGGGGCAAGAACGGGACGGACCUGUGCACCAGCUGCCUCAUCGGGCACAUGUGGCGGGUGCACCGCUCCAUUGUGCUGCAGGAGAACAGUGGGGGCUGGGGCAUCCCGCCGCCCUACACCGCGCCCCCCACGCUGCUGCCCGCCCUGCCACCUCCCGACAGAGACCUGAGCUCCUCGGUGUCCUCGCCGGGGCAGCCGGCCCAGGCUUCCCCCUCGGCGUCCUCCUCCCCGGACCGGCUGCCCGAGGAGCUGCAGGUGCGUGUGAGCGUGGGAGAUGCGCUGGCGGAGGACACGGCGCCGGCCUCCCACGACCUCGGCGGGGCCUCGCUGGCGUCCUCCCCCGAGAAGCUGCAGGCUGGCGGCCUGAGCCCCUGCCCGCUGGACUAUGGCGCUGGGUCCCAGCAGAGCAAGAAGGUAAUAAAGAGGCUGAAGUCUGAGGUGUGGCAGCAUUUCUCGCUGGCGCCCACCGACAGCCUCAAGGCCGUGUGCCGACACUGCACCUGCGUCAUCAGCCCGGGCCGCAGGGGCGACGUGGGCACCAGCUGUCUGAUGCGGCACCUGUACCUCCAGCACGCGGAUGUCGUGGGCGCCCCAAAAGGCACGCUGGGCGCCAGCCUGGCCAACUCCCCCUAUGCCACGCUGGCCUCCGCAGAAGGCGCCAACUCCAGAUCGACGGACCUGCCCUCCUGGUCCCACUUCUCCAUUUGCUCCGCGGACCCAACGAAGGUCGUGUGCCUGCACUGUGGCCGCACCAUCAGCCGGGGCAAGAAGCCCACCAACCUGGGCACCAGUUGCCUCCUGUGCCACCUGCGGCGGUUCCACAGCGGUGUGCUCAAGGCCGACGUGCCCCAGGCCGCGCAGGCUUCCUCGCCCGGCCAUGGGGGGGGGGCCCUGAGCGCCCAGCUGCCCGGAGCCGCCUCCUUCGAAGACCCCAAUGAGAAGUUCUACGAUUCUUAUCCCGUUGCCAGAAAAAUCACGAGUCUCAUAGCUGAGAUGAUUGCACUUGACCUCCAGCCAUACUCCUUCAUAGACAACGUUGGCUUUAACAGGCUGCUCGAAUACUUGAAACCUCAGUACUCUGCGCCUUCCCCAUCCUACUUCUCGAGGAGGGCCAUCCCAGGGAUGUACAAUAUUGUUAAGCAGGUGGUCCUGUCGCACCUGAAGGAGGCGGAAAGCCGCGUGGUCCACUUCACCUCCGGGAUCUGGAUGAGCAUGCAGACCCGCGAGUACCUGACGCUCACCGCCCACUGGGUCACCUUCGCGUCGUCUGCCCGGCCGUGCGGUGAGGACCACCACGGCUGGGCACUGCUGGACAUGUCGCAGGUGGACGGCGACUACAGCGGCAGCAGCAUCCGGAAGCAGCUGGAGGGCUGGUGGGAGACCUGUGUGACGUCCCGCGGCCUGCAAGUGGGCAUCACAGUCACCGACAACCCGAGCAUCGGGAAGACACUGAGCGAGGGGCAGCAGGCCGGCGUGCAGUGCUUCAGCCACACGGUCAUCCUGGUGGUCAGCGAGGCCCUCAAGAGCCAGCGCAUGGUCCAGAGCCUGCUGAGCACCGCACGGAAGCUGUGCGAACGGGUGCAGCGCUCGCCCCGGGCCAAGGAGAAGCUGGCGGAGCUGCAGAGGGCCUACGGGCUGCCACCGCACCACCUCCUGCAGGACAUCCCUUCCCGGUGGAGCACGUCCUUGCACAUGCUCGAGCGGCUCGUCAAGCAGAAGCAGGCCGUCAACGAGGUGUCGGUCGAGUGCGGCUUCCGGGAGCUCAUCAGCUGCAACCAGUGGUCCGUGUGCCUGGCGCUGAAGCCCUUCCACGCGGCCGGCUGGGAGAUGAGCGCACACGCGUCCACGCUCAGCCAGGUCAUCCCCAUGAUUCACAUCCUGAACCGCAAGAUCGAGAUGCUCUUCGAGGAGACCAUGGUCAUCGACACCAUGCUCAAGUCCCUGAAGGAGGCCAUGGUGAGCCGGCUGGCCGCCACCCUGGGCGACCCGAGGUACAUCUUGGCCACGCUGCUGGACCCGCGUUACAAGGCCUCCCUGUUCUCAGAGGAUGAGGCGGAGAAGCGGGACCUGAUCCGGGAGCUCGAGGCGCUGAACCCUACCUCAGACAAUACGCCUGUCUCCAAUGGCUGCGAUGCGGGCGCCCCCUCGCAGGACGUGGUCGGGGAGGAGAACCUGUGGUCCCUCAUGGCCAAGAUGACGAAGAAGGGCCCCCGGGAGAAGACGAAGGUGCCCGAGGACAUGGUGCUGGCCUACCUGGAGGAGGAGGUACUGGAGCACGGCUGUGACCCCCUCACCUACUGGAACCUGAAGAAGGUGGCCUGGCUGGGCCUGGCCACGCUGGCCGUGCAGUUCUUGGGCUGCCCGCGGAGCAUCGUCCCUCCUGAAAGGCUGUUCAACACACCCACAGAGAACGGCAGCUUCGGCCAGUCCAGGCUCGUGAUGGAACAUUUUGAAAAACUCAUCUUUUUGAAAGAGAAUCUUCCCUUGAUAUACUUCCAGUAUUGAA